GCUGCUUGGUGCGAUCAGUUGGCUGGUUGUUCUCCGACGUUAAUCAAUCAUGGGCUUUGCAGAGGAACUGCAUAAUAUUUUGGAUGAAUUGCGUAUAUCUGACCGUGAUCGCUCCAAGUACACUGAGGAUGCUGUUGAAAUCCAAAAUCAUGUUAUUGAGAAACUAAAGUUGGCAGACGAUAAUUUUCGCAGAGCUUUUGAUGGCCUUAGCCUUGCAGGCAGCUACUUGGACAGGGUGAAAUUGAAGACACCUGAUGAAUUUGAUUUGCAUAUGAAACUGAAACUGCCAUUGCAAAUCACCCCGAAGAAAGACGAGAAGGGAUUCGUAUUUUUGUUUGCAAGUGGCUUCUAUCAUUCUAUUGCUGCCGACAAUUACAUAGAUCGAGAAAAUCUUCAAAAUUGGCUGCGCGAUGCAUUCAAUAAGGUGUUUAAAUCAAAGCUAAGUGUUCGUUGCAGGACUGGAGAAGUAUACGAAUUAAUGUACACGGCCCAGGGCUACGGAUGUGCCCACACCAUUGAAGCUGAAGGAAAGAAUCGGAACAUAUCGUUUGAUUUGGUGCCAGCAUUCGAGUUCACUUGGGCUCAGUGGCCGUUGGGCAAUCCAUGCAUUUACAACAGCCGUAAGAAGAAAAUACGUAAAUUUCCAUGGUUCGCUGUACCACAAUCCAAAAAAGGCUCAACGGACGAGCGAACCUUUAUGGUAUGUGCCCCGCAUUGGGAACGCCAGAUAACGAUGGAUUUGGAUAACUUCAAAAAUGUAUUGCGCCUCAUGAAGGGAUUGCGCGACGCUCAUGCGAGUGAUUUCCCCCAUCUAUCAAGUUACAUGCUGAAAACCAUCUUGCUCCAUCAACUGGGAAAAGUAAGCUGGUUCACAGAUUUGCCAACUCUCUUCAUUAAGAUGUGGAACUGUUUGGUAGUUUGUCUACUAAAUGGCAGACUGGAAUUCUUUUUGGCACAUGAACAAAAUAUUUUUGAUCGUAUGAGUCCUGAGGAACGUCACAAAUGCUACUGUACAGCUUCACAAUUACUUUCGGAGCUUCGCUAUGCUGACCAGAAUCGCAGCUACAAUGAAAUCUCUAAACUUUUUAAUGUUUCUAAAUGAGAUAAAAGCAGAUUUCAAAUUUUCUAUUUGUAUUAUAAUGCAGCUUUUCAUGGAGCAGCAACAAUCGUAUUUUUAUUCCUAAUAAAUUCAUAUUGUUCGGAGCAGCAGCCGUUAAUAGAUCUCAACAAAUUAAUAUCAUAAAGUCAUAUAUCAUCUCUUAUACUAAAAAUCGCUCUCUCAGUACGCUCCCGUACACACGCACAUAUGUCAGUACUGCUUAUAGUGCAUUGCUUCGCCCUGUUCUCGUGGCAGUCCAAAUAUUUGU